AUGACCGACGCCAAAAACCACCUCCCCUUAACCCGCACCAACAUCUCCAAAGCCCACGAAAUCAUACAACCCUACAUCCACCGCACGCCACUCCUCACCAACACGACCCUCAACACAAUCGCCUCAAGACCACAAUCCAUAUCCGAUUUAGCAGGAACGUCAUGGGAGGGCAUCACAAAUCCUUCGAAUCCCAAAAUUAGGUUUUGGUUCAAAUGCGAGAAUUUGCAACGGAUAGGCGCGUUCAAGGCUCGAGGCGCGUUUCAUGCGUUGAUUAGAGUUAUUCAGGAACAGGGGGAGGAGGAGGUAAGAAGGAGGGGGGUUGUGACGCAUAGUUCUGGAAACCACGCCCAAGCCCUAGCCCUAGCGGGCAAAACAUUAAACAUCCCCACGCAUAUCGUCAUGCCAUCAAUAAGUAGCCCCAGCAAAAUCGCAAGUACGCAAUCCCUCGGCGCAAACGUUGUGUUUAGUGGUAGCACGGAACCGGAACGUACGGCUGUCAUGAAAGAGAUUCAAAGCCAGACGGGCGCGAUUUUUGUGCCGCCUUAUGAUCAUCCGGAUGUUAUACUGGGCCAGGGGACUCUAGGGCUGGAGAUGGAGGCUCAGUAUGAAGAAGCCCAACAUGGGAAGAAGACGUUGGAUGCGGUGUUUACGCCGGUUGGAGGUGGAGGGUUGAAUGCUGGCGUUGCGACGUGGUUCUCGAAAUCGGCUAAAGAAGGCGGAAAGAAGACGCUCGUGUUUGGCGCUGAGCCUUCGUUCGAAGGUGCUGAUGAUUGUAGACGAGGUCUUGCGGCCGGUGAGCGUGUGCCGGCUGUAUCGUCAAAGACUAUAGCGGACGGUCUCCGGACUCCUGUCGGGUUGACUAAUUGGGCUGUAAUAUCGGACCCAAGCAAAGUGGCAGGUGUGUAUAGUGUCACUGACGACCAGAUCAAGAGGGCUAUGAAACUGGUCUUGGAGAGGAUGAAGGUGGUUGUGGAGCCUAGUGCUGUGGUUGGGUUGGCGGUUUGUUUGUUUGAUGAGGAUUUUAGGAAGAGGGUCGAGAAAGAGGGUGGUGAGGAUGGGUGGGAUAUUGGCAUUGUGUUUAGUGGUGGGAAUACGACUGUUGAGGCUAUUGCAGCGUUGUUUGGGUCGAGUUAG